AUGGACAACUAUCGUAGACCAAAAGAUGUUGUCCUUCCAACACCUGGACCUAUCCCAGAACAUAUACGUAAGGCAACGAUUAAAAUAAUAAUACAACAACGACAGCAAGAGAGAAUAAAGAGAAAAAAGAAUUCUUCUGACAAUAGCUCACAAAAUAAUAAUAAUGUAGCCUUUCAGCAAGAAGAGGAAGGUGGGGACAAGGCUAUUACAAAAAUAAAAACAGCUGUGACAGUUACAACGAAUUCAGAGGUUAAUGGAAUAGAUCUUAAUAAAAAGAUAAAUGGACAUUUUAAUACUCAGGCAAUUAGUGGGAGUGACGACCGAAUGGCGGUAGAUCAAGAGGAUGAUUUAGAGAAAGGUUCAUUAAAUUUUAAUGAAAUUAUUUCUAAUAACAAGAACAAUAUGGAUUAUGCAGAGGAAAUAAUAUCACCCUCACGGAAUCAAGAGUCAUUAAAUAACGAACUAAUAAAUCCCGAGCCACCACCAGAACCUCCAGAUGAUGGAAAUGGAGAGUCAAGUAGCAGUAAAAAAAAUUCUGAAAAGUCUAUAUUGAAAGGUCAGAAUGAUAAUAAAGAAGAAGAAGCUAGUGAUGAUUCUUUGCCGGAUGAAGAAUUUAUUGUAAAUAAACUGGAAGAAUUAAAGGCAAAGAAAAAACGUUUAUGUCAACAAUUACGUGAUGCGAUAGCGAAACAAGAUAAAAAGGAUCCAGUUGUCGCGAUUAAUGAACCAAUUAAUAAGUUAAAGGGAGAAACAUCUGCAAAUAAUAAUACUGGAAUACCUGAGCAACCACAUAGAGUAGACAGACACAACAUACAAUCUACUGGUUAUAUACCAUCAAAUCGUGAUCAAUAUGAUUCAAACUAUUCAUCUCCAUAUAAUCAUCAUGAAGGAGAUGUUACCGCAUUUCAUCAUCAAUUACCGCUUAGAAUAAAACGAACAAACGAACAAACUUCACCUCCCCUUGGGCCAAUGAACAAGAGAAUUCGACAUCCACCAAAUGGAAUGCAUUAUGAAUCGAUGAUUCACAGUGUUUCUAGUAUGUAUGGUCCUCCGCCAACUGGACCAAGUGCCAUGACGGGAAAUGGAAUGAUGGGACGAGGAAGAGAGGAUCCAUAUUCAUAUUAUCAUAGGAAUGAAUUCAGACCACCACCUCCAACUGCACCAUACAUAGAUAGAACAUACGGUCGUGGACCAAUAAAUAAUAUGCGGCGAUUAUCUGGAAAUCUACCAACCAGAUCACCUAUAAGGCCACCGGAUCGUCCGCGCGGUAGAUAUUAA